ACAACCGAACCAAUCUCCUCUCAUUACUGUACGUAACAAACAUACGAUGGUCGGCGGCAGAGAGUUUGAGAGCAUCGAGAAAUGCAGCUCCGAAGGGAGGGAGGCCGAGACGAUCGCGGCGGACCUCGACGGCACCCUCCUCGUCUCGCCGGAGCUCGCUUGCCCGUAUCAUAGCCUCGUCAGCCCAUCGACGGCGGGGAGCCUCUUCGGGAUCGCCCUCCUCCAACUAAUCGGCGCCGCGCUCGUGUACGCAUCACCGUACGUGCUCUUGUCCGAGUCCCUCGCCAUAAAGACGCUCAUAUUCAUCUCCUUCUCGGGGCUGAAGGCCCGGGACAUCGAGAUGGCGGCGCGCUCCGUGCUGCCCAAGUUCUACGCCGAGGACGUGCACCCCGAGGGGUGGCGCGUCUUCAGCGCGUUCGGGAAGAGGUACGUCGUCACGGCCAACCCGAGGAUCAUGGUCGAGCCGUUCGUCAAGAACUUCCUCGGGGCCGAUAAGGUGCUGGGGACCGAGAUCGAGGUGACGAGGUCCGGGAGGGCCACCGGGUUCGUCAGGGAGCCCGGGGUUCUCGUCGGGGAGCUCAAGAGGAAGGCGGUGGAGCGGGAGCUGGGCGGCGAGAUGCUGCCUCACGUCGGCGUUGGCGAUCGAGAGACCGAUCGUGAUUUCAUGUCGAUUUGCAAGGAAGGAUACAUGGUCCCCCACACAAAAUGCACGCCGGCCCCGCGCAACCAACUCCUCAGCCCCGUGAUCCUCCACGCCGUCGUCACCGCCGUCGCCCUCGGGCGGAAAAUAAGCUGCGUCACGUACAGCAUCAGCAGGUUCUCCGAGCUCAUCUCGCCCAUCAAGGCCGUCGCGUUGUCGAGAGAGAGGGAGAAAGACGCCGCGAACAUAAAGAAGCUGCUGGAGGAGGGGGACCUGGUCAUUUGCCCCGAAGGCACCACGUGUCGCGAGCCGUUCCUUCUUCGGUUCAGCGCGCUCUUCGCGGAGUUGACGGACAGGAUCGUUCCGGUGGCGAUAAACACGAAGCAGAGCAUGUUCUACGGCACGUCGGCGAGGGGGUGGAAGCUGUUCGACCCCUACUUUGUGUUCAUGAAUCCUAGGCCAACUUAUGAGAUCACGUUCCUGAACCAGCUGCCUCGAGAGCUGACGUGCGCCGGGGGGAAGUCGCCCAUCGAGGUCGCUAAUUAUAUACAGAGGGUUUUGGGAGGGGCGCUGGGGUUUGAGUGCACGAAUUUUACGAGGAAGGACAAGUACGCUAUGCUGGCGGGGACCGACGGAGUCGUGCCGAACAAGAAGAAGGGUUAGCCAGCAUCGUUAGCGUCGCGAUUGUGGAUCAGCGCCCUGCUCUGGAAUAAGAAAUGAAGGCGUGCGCGUGAAUUGAUUACUGCUGCUUCCGAAAACUAGCUUCAGAUGUUUUGUAAUUAUUCGGCGGUGUUACUUUUAUGGAAUGUUUUUAAAUUUUAAUUGUAAGUUCAAAUUGAAUUGGGUAAUAUUAAUGUAAUUGGUGAAAGUGUGAAAAAUCCCUGCGUCUCCACUGUCACAUGUAAAAGAAAAGCUUCUAAAUAAUCUAUUUACAUAGGUUGAUAUUAGAUGGUA